CAAGAUUACCGGGCCAACCCGUAGCAUUCGCAUUAAUGUUUCUUAGCAUUGUGUUCGACCCUGAUAUCCGUGGUGAAAAAUGGAGUCAGAACAAGUGUCUCGACGGCACACAUAAAUAACUUUCCCCUAAUCUCUCCACGUAGAUCUGGCUCACCUCCCACACCGCCCAGUACCGCCAAAACACAAACCCUAGGCAGCAUAUCUCUGCCCAGUACACAAAUGGAUGAUGAGAGUCCUCUCAACCACUUCUUCGCUACUCAACAAAAACGCAAGAAGCUAGUGAUCCGUCGAAAGCAGGAGCAGCCAAUGGCCCCCCGAAACGUUGUCGUCGGCCGCGGCCGCGGCGGCGUCGACCACCUCUUCUUCGGGGUAGGGUCCCAGGUCGAAGUGAGCAGCGACGAAAUAGGUUUCAAGGGCUCCUGGUACACGGCCACCAUCAUCGAAAUUGACCACAAUACCCGUCCCCCUUCCUCUCCCUCUCCCACUUCCAGCAAGAAGAAGAGGAAAAUGGAGCAGGGGAGGUACCUCGUUCGGUACGCCACCCUCUUGGAGAGCGAGGAGGACGAGGACGACAAGGAAACGCCAAAAAAGCACCUGAGGGAGUUCGUGGAAGGGGCCUUCAUGAGGCCGCUGCCGCCCCCGACCGAGAGCCAGCACGCCUACGAGCUGAACGACGUCGUUGACGCCUACCAUAGGGACGGGUGGUGGACGGGCGUCGUCGUUGGGGUACUCGAUGACGGCUCCAAGUUCCAGGUGUUCUUCGACAACCCUCCCGAGCAUUUCGAGUUUGCGAGGUCGGAGUUGAGGGUUCAUCACGAUUGGGUUGAAAACAAAUGGGUCAGGGCUGAAAAGAAGGCUCACGGAUUGCUUGAAGAUUGUACACCUAAAAAGGCUGCUGUAUCUGCCAAAGGGUUGGAGGGUCAGAGCAUAAAAGGCUCAGGAACAAAAAAUCCCCAACGGCGUCAUGGCAACUCAUCUGUUAAGAGCAUGAAAAACAAGAAAAAGCGUGUGAAUGACCAACACAGCCACAAUGAGGAAAUUAUUGAACCCAAAAGUGGGGUGAGCUCUCAAGGCAGAAAGAGGGGAAGACCAAAAAAACUUAUGACUGAAAACCCUGUUGGUUUGGUCAAUGAUGAGGAGAAAAAUGGAGCUGAAAGUACAUCAAAUGAAAUGGUGGUUAAAGAAAACCCUAUAGGUUUGGUCAAUGGUGAGAAGAAUGGAGCUGAAAGUACAUCAUAUGAAAUGGUUGUUAAAGAAAACCCUACAGAUUUGGUCAAUGGUGAGGAGAAAAUUGGAGCUGAAAGUACAUAUGAAAUGGUUAAUGGUUCUGCAAGUAAUGAUGGUGAACAAUCGACGUUAGCAGGGAUCAGUAUUCAAGGGAUACCGAUUCUCAACCAUGGUUAUCCAGCGCAAUUUCCACUAAGGCAGUAUAACCUAAUGGACAAUGUUUUGGAUUUUCGCUUGGCAAAGAUUGAUAACCAGAUUAGUGAAACAAUUGCGGGAAAGUCUGGUAGGAAACCUAGGAGUUGUACAUCGAAGAGACGAAAUCAACGGAGCAGGACCAACAAGAAAUCUCCAACCCAAGAUUCUCGAGGUACAUGCAGGGAAAAACCAUCUGAACAGUUUGAAGAUUUACCUCAGUUGAUGUGGUAUGGCUCAAAUACUCAAGAAGCAUGCAUAGAAAAAGCAUCUAAUGAAUCUAAAGAUAAACCUCAAGAGAUGUGGCGUGAAGGAAUGAACUCUCCGUACAGUGUGGAUGACUCAAGAGCGCCUUUUGAUUUGAAUGUCGUUCAAAGUGCUGAUGCUAGUGAUGGACAAGAUGAAAGUGCUGUGCGAUCUCCUGCAAUUGCUACCUGUGAUAAUAAUGUGUCAGAAAAGGAUAAAAAAUCGCCUUUCGAAAAGCGCUCGCCCGUUUGGGCAACCCUUGAACGUAUGGAAAUAUUUCAAAAGAUGCCACAAAAUCCACACUUUAGUCCUUUGGUUAAGUCUAAGGAAGAUAGCCGAGAAGGUUUAGCUAUAGGACAGAUGGUGAUAUUUUCCAGUGUGGUGGAGAAAACAUCGAAAUUGCAAUUUAGCGAUCCUAGAAGCAUAAUUGAUAGCAGUUUGGAAACUCUUUCUGAUUUGGAAACUCAUGGAUUUGACGUUCACCCCAUUAGACACCGUUUAAAGGAGUUGCUAUCAAAGAAAGAAAAUCAAGGACACCUUUUAGAGGAAUCUCAAGAAAUUGAGAAGAAAAUCGCAGAGCAGAGUGUUGAGAAAGUAAAAAUUGGUGAAGAGAUUUGCGAGAUCAAUAAGAAGAUGGAGGAGUUACAAGAAAAGCUUGCAUUAGCUACAGCCAUGGAAAAGAUGACUGACUAUGAUAUUGAUACAUUGAAAUCAAAAAUGGAUGUCAUACAUCGAGAUAUUCAGAAUGCCCAGCGUGAUUUUGGAAGGCUUGCUGCAGCCCCUUGGUAAGUGGUGCUUCACGUGUUGGUCUCUCUCUUGGAUAUGCCGAAUGAUCAUCGUAAGCUAAAUCUUCGCUAUAUGUAUGUUACAAUUAUGUACUCCAGAACUCCUAUGCUGUGUAUUUAGUAGCGCUACUUGUAUUUGCUCUUUAUCUAACGCUAAACUAUGUUUUCACUUUCUUGUCAACUGAUGAAGCACUUGGGUAUGUAAGUGGAUCCGAUGUAAUCUGAAUCUGGUCAAAUAUGAGUUUUAGUCA